UAUAAAUGAGCGACCAAAACCCUAGUCCAUUCUUCCCCACCGCCGCCUUGCCCCCUCUCGCCGGAUUGCCGCUCCGCGUCCACCGAAGAAUCACCAAUGGCUCCGACGUCGAAGAUGGCGCUCGGCAUAAAGCGGGCGUCGAGAUCGCACACCUACCACCGCCGCGGGCUUUGGGCCAUCAAGGCCAAGCACGGCGGCGCCUUGCCCAAGGCCGAGAAGCCGGCCGCCGUCGCCGAGCCCAAGUUCUAUCCCGCUGAUGAUGUCAAGCCACGCACCGUGAGCACACGCAAGCCCCAUCCCACCAAGCUCAGAUCGACCAUCACACCGGGCACGGUGCUGAUCCUGCUCGCGGGGAGGUACAUGGGAAAGCGCGUGGUGUUCCUCAAGCAGCUCCAGUCCGGCCUUCUCCUCAUCACUGGACCUUUCAAGAUCAAUGGCGUGCCAAUCCGCAGAGUGAACCAGGCUUACGUCAUUGCCACAUCCACAAAGGUCGACAUCUCUAAGGUUAAUGUGCAGAAGUUUGAUGACAAGUACUUCGCUAGGGAGAAGAAGACUAGGGCAAAGAAGACUGAGGGCGAGCUAUUUGAGUCGGAUAAGGAGGCAACCAAGAAUUUGCCAGACUUCAAGAAGGAUGACCAGAAGGUCAUUGACGCUGAGUUGAUCAAGGCUAUCGAUGCUGUCCCAGACCUUAAAAAUUAUCUUGGUGCCCGGUUCUCCCUCAGGGAUGGCGACAAGCCGCAUGAGAUGACCUUCUAAGUUACCUGGUGUUGUGGUAUGAAUUUGCAAGUAGGUCAACAGUAUAUGGUGAUCCUUAUUUGCAGAGCUUGGACAGUGGUGUGAUUUCGUUGGGGCAUGUCAGUAGUCUGCAACAAUCCGUUCCCCUAAAAGUGCUCCAGCAGAUCUUGUAAACGUGAGUAUGGUUUAGGGAAAGUUGGGUCAAAAAAGAGCAACAGAUCUUGUAAUCUUCUUUGAACGACACUUAUUCUGGCAGAGUGCGUACAAUCUGAUACUCCCUCUGAUGUGAAAUAUGUUUUGUGGUUUAAAUUCAAUCUUCUUUGAACUAAAA